AUGGAGGCAAUUUUGCAUCUUCGUCUCAUUUCUUUUGCUUUAUUAGGAGUACUCACCGCUUCUUUGCCCCAAGCUAGGCUUCUAAAUUCAUCCAACUUGGAAAUGUUCGUCGAUCAGCUUCCACAUCUUCCCAAAAUCCUAGGCUUCCAUCUUGUGUCUGGUAUUCCCAAAUCCAAGUCACUGGAGAUUGGCAUGUUCAAGAAGAAAUGGAAAUUCCACAGAAAUCUCCCUUCAACACCCGUCUACGCCUACGGUGUAUCUAAGGACACCGCAACAGUUCCUGGUCCAACAAUCGAGGCCCUGCAUGGAAUCGACACCUACGUGACGUGGCAAAAUCACCUCCCUCCAAACCACAUACUGCAGUGGGACACCACCAUCCCAACUGCCGUACCAGCCAAUAGGGGGAAGGGCAUCCCUACCGUGGUCCAUCUUCACGGUGGCAUCGAUGAGCCCGAGAGUGAUGGAUACUUCAGCUCAUGGUUCACCGCAGGAUUCAAAGAAAAGGGACCCACGUGGACCAACGAAACAUAUCACUACCACAACCAACAACAACCUGGAAACCUUUGGUACCAUGAUCAUGCCAUGGGGUUGACUAGAAUCAACAUCCUAGCUGGCUUGGCUGGGGCCUACAUAAUCCGCCACCCGAAACUGGAGGCCCCACUUGGACUUCCUAGCGGUGACGAAUUUGAUCGAUCCUUGAUCGUAUUUGAUCGUAGCUUCCGUACUACUGGUUCUAUAUACAUGAAUUCCACAGGGGAUAACCCCUCCAUACACCCCCAUUGGCGGCCGGAAUACUUUGGUGACGUUAUCAUAGUGAACGGGAAGGCCUGGCCACGUUUGACAGUACGACGUCGUAAGUACCGGUUUCGUAUCCUAAAUGCCAGCAAUGCUAGGUUCUUUCGGUUCUUCUUCAUCAACGGUCUUGGAUUCACCCACGUGGGAUCUGAUUCGGCUUAUCUUAACCAACCGGUCGUGACCAAUGAGAUUUUACUAGGCCCGUCUGAGAUUGCUGACGUGGUUGUUGACUUUUCCAACUCAAAGACCGAUAUUGCUAUCCUAGCAAAUGAUGCACCGUAUCCCUACCCAGGUGGUAGCCCGGUCAACGAAGGGAAUAGCAAGGUCAUGAAGUUUAUCAUCCUGAAUCGUCCUGAGGUUGACACGUGGAAAAUUGCCAAGAAGUUGAUGCAUUACCCUGGUCCUGAUGUAUCCGGUGCAUCGCACACCAGGUAUAUAGCUAUGUACGAGUACACGAGCGCCGCUAAUCAGCCAACUCAUCUAUAUUUGAAUGGGAAAACAUUGGAAGAACGGGUCACAGAAACCCCAAAAGUGGGGACCACCGAAGUGUGGUACGUGAUCAAUCUGACGCAGGAUAAUCACCCCUUACACAUUCAUUUGGGGCUUUUUGUGGCGAUGGAUCAGACUGAGCUGGUGAACUUGAAAGAGUUUACAAAUUGCAUGAUGAGAAUGAACGAUGCGAUCAAGUGCCAAAUAAGCAAGCAUGCACGUGGCAAAAGGAUAGAGGUGCCGGCAUACGAGAAGGGGUGGAAGAACGUGUUCAAGAUGCGACCCGGAUUUGUGACAAAGAUUUUAGUCAGAUUUUCUUACAUACAUUCUAAUGCAUCGUAUCCGUUUGAUGCAACUGCGGCGCCAGGCUACGUAUACCAUUGCCAUAUCUUGGAUCAUGAAGACAACGAGAUGAUGAGGCCCUUAAAGUUAAUCAAUUAAUUAAGAAGGGCCAUGAGAAAGAUGUGAAGAGCCUAACCAAGGACCAUAGCUUUCUACAUCCACUAAGAGCAUUCACAAUGGAAGAGCCAUAUUUUUAUGUAAAAUAGCUCUUCAAAACUCACUUUUAUCUAGUUUAGCUAAGCCAUUUUUAAGUGUCUCCACAUUCGAUUAGCUAUAUUUCUAAAAAAAAGGUGAGAAAAGAUUUGGGAAAAAGAUAAAGCAGGAGAGAGAAACACUAAAAAAUAAAAUGGCUCCCU